CGAAGGGGGAGGUUAGGGAUAGCAGGAGGCCAUGGCUGAGCUGUAAGUGACGUGGAAAGUGUUUGGAGACAGCAGCAAACUUCCAGUCUUGAGAGCAAAAAACGCUUCGCUUCUCUGUCAGCUGCCCCGGGGGACAGCAGAAUGAGUCUGGAUAAAGCAGAGCUGUGUGACUCUCUGUUAACCUGGUUACAGACAUUUCAGGUGCCGUCAUGCAACAGCAAGCACGACCUAACGAGCGGAGUGGCCAUCGCACAUGUGCUGCACAGAAUAGACCCCUCUUGGUUUAAUGAGACAUGGCUGGGCAGGAUCAAGGAGGAGAGCGGGGCCAACUGGCGCCUCAAGGUCAGCAACUUGAAAAAGAUUCUCAAGAGCAUGCUGGAAUAUUACCACGAUGUGUUGGGUCACCAGGUAUCAGAAGAUCACUUGCCGGACGUGAACCUCAUAGGAGAGAUGGGAGAUGUCACCGAACUGGGCAAGCUGGUACAGCUCGUAUUGGGCUGCGCUGUCAGCUGUGAGAAGAAACAAGAGCAAAUCCAGCAGAUAAUGACACUUGAGGAAUCUGUCCAGCACGUUGUCAUGACAGCCAUUCAGGAGCUUUUAUCAAAAGAGCCUUCAUCUGUACCAGGAAGCCCAGAGACCUACGGGGACUUUGACUACCAGUCCAGGAAAUAUUACUUUCUAAGCGAGGAGGCAGACGAGAAAGAGGACCUGAGCCACCGCUGUCGAGACCUGGAGCAUCAGUUGUCGGUGGCUCUGGAGGAGAAGUCGUCCCUACAGGCGGAGACACGCUCCCUGAAAGAGAAGCUGAGCUACUCUCUGGACACCACCACCACUGCUAUCACUGGCAAGAAGCUGCUGCUGCUGCAGAGUCAGAUGGAGCAGCUUCAGGAGGAGAACUACAGGCUGGAGAACAGCAGAGAUGACAUGCGUGUGCGAGGGGAGAUUCUGGAGCGCGAGGUGACCGACCUGCAGCUGCGUAACGAAGAGCUGACCAGCCUGGCGCAGGAGGCCCAGGCCCUCAAAGAUGAGAUGGACAUUCUCAGGCACUCAUCUGACCGGGUGAACCAGCUCGAAGCGCUGGUGGAGACGUACAAGAGGAAGCUGGAAGAUCUGGGAGACCUGCGCAGACAGGUGCGCCUCCUGGAGGAGCGCAACACCGUGUACAUGCAGCGCACCUGCGAGCUGGAGGAGGAGCUCCGUCGGGCCAACGCCGUCCGCAAUCAGCUGGACACCUACAAGAGACAGGCUCAUGAGCUUCACACCAAGCACUCAGCAGAGGCCAUGAAAGCUGAGAAGUGGCAGUUUGAAUACAAGAACCUUCAUGACAAGUAUGACGGGCUGCAGAAGGAGAAAGAACGUCUGAUCUCAGAAAGAGACACACUUCGGGAGACAAACGAUGAACUCAGGUGUGCACAAGUCCAACAGAGGUGCCUCAGUGGAGCAGGAGGCUUGUGUGACAGUGAUGCCACAGUAGGAAACCUUGCUGCAGAGAUCAUGCCCACUGAGCUCAGAGAGACAGUGGUGCGUCUACAGAGCGAGAACAAGAUGUUGUGUGUCCAGGAGGAGACCUACAGGCAGAAAUUAGUGGAGGUGGAGGCAGAGCUGGAAGAGGCUCAGCGCAGCAAGAACGCCCUGGAAACUCAGAACAGGUUGAACCUGCAGCAGAUCUCAGAGCUGCGUUCUCAAGUGGAGGAGCUCCAGAGAGCGCUCCAGGAGCAGGACAGCAAGACGGAGGAUUCAUCUUUACUGAAGAAGAAGCUUGAGGAGCAUUUGGAGAAGCUCCAUGAAGCCCAUUCAGAUCUCCAAAAGAAGAAAGAGGUCAUUGAUGAUCUUGAGCCUAAAGUGGACAGCAAUAUGGCGAAGAAGAUAGAUGAACUCCAGGAGAUCCUGCGGAAGAAGGAUGAGGACAUGAAGCAGAUGGAGGAGCGAUACAAGCGCUACGUGGAGAAGGCGAGAACGGUGAUCAAAACCCUGGAUCCUAAGCAGCAGCCGGUGACUGUGACUCCUGAUGUUCAGGCUCUGAAGAACCAGCUGACGGAGAAAGAGAGAAAAAUCCAGCACCUGGAGCAUGACUAUGAGAAGAGUAGAGUCAGACACGACCAGGAGGAGAAACUCAUCAUUACUGCAUGGUACAAUAUGGGGAUGGCGUUGCAUCAGAAAGUGUCUGGGGAGCGGCUGGGCCCCCCAAACCAGGCCAUGUCCUUCCUCGCCCAGCAGAGGCAGUCCACUAACGCCAAGAGAGGCCUUAUACGACACCAACCAAGAUAAGACCCCGCACCUGUACCCCGACAUCGAGGACAUGAUCAGGGCAUGGCAACAUGCCAAAAGAGAUGACAAGGUGAUCCACAGUAGACUCCUUUCUCUGCCUUUUAUGCCUUCACUACUGGAUGCUGUACCUCAAAGAAUAUGUUUCAUGCUGCUGAUGCCCCCUGGUGGCUUUUAAUGGUAUGAGACUUAUUAUUUUAUCUCUGGAGCCACAGAGGAAAGACACACUACUGUACAAGAGGAGAAAUAACUGGAGUUGAUGAAUUGUCAGGUCUGACAAAGAGGCUGUCUCACCUUUUAAGGUGACUUUUAUUUCUUUGUCAUUUGGCCUCAUUUCCAUUUAGGGUCUCUUAAGUCUUUUUUUUUCUUUUUUUACUUUAAAUGUUUAUGUUAAACAAUAGAACAUAAUGUGAAGUAGUUUAGUCAAGGUUACAGUUCAAAUAUGGGAGACAAGAGAGGAGUAAUUAAGAGGAUCAAGACCCUCCCCUCUUCCUGUAUCAUUACUGCCUGUCUGAAAGUAAAUCAUGAUAGUGUUCAGGAGAGAAGUGGUCUAGAUGUAUAUGUAAGCUCUAAUGAAGACCUAAAGUUACCCAGGCAACCCCAGUACCUCCAUAUAUAUACAGGCGACUGAUCAAAGAUUAUCACAAUGCAUUACAGGGUGUUUUUCAAUUUGUUUAGAAUUUUCUUGUAGGUAUUAUUUUUGUCUUCUCGAUCAUGUGAUUUUGGGUGUUUGUUUGUUUUUUUAUUUGAAGGACUUUGAGAAGAUGUAAAGACCAUGAGGGUGCAUUCUGGCUUUAGUCUGGUUUUCCUUUCAUAUUCACUUGAAUAUUAAUAUUCGUAUAAGAAUUUUCACAAGGUAUACCAAAGCACUUUCCUCUAAUAAUGAGUUUAUUUGUUCAGUGCCUCGCGAAAAAUACGCAAAAUACUCCCUCCUAUGGUGAAGUUUGGGAUAUUUGCAGUGCCCUCGCUCCCUCUCACAUAGAUUCAUUUUACUUCCAGAACACACUGCAGGUUUGUUUUCUGUGUGUAAUUUUUCUCAACAAUGUAAUUUGUUUCUUCAUUUUUUUAAAUUUUUUUUCCAAUUCUUCUUCUAAAGAUUGAAACAGGGUGUUGGUUUUCGGUAGGACCUAAAUGCACUCACCACUUUAGACUUUACACUGCUAAACUGUAUGAAUGUAGGCAACUAAAUCAAUUGAACACCUUCUAGUUUGUCACAAAUACAUAAUGUGCUUAAGUCCCCAAUGAUAAUAACACUAAAAAUAAUGACUCAGCUAAUGGGUGUUAAUUGCUGCUAGACCUCAUUUAACGUUUAACUGAACUGGAAGGAAAUGUGUUGACUAAUAUGCUGGAAUUUAGUGUUUGGACACAUUGUUGAGCCUGGUAUGUAUCAGAUUUAUCAACAUUACAUCCACUUUUAUUCACUACUGGUUCAUUUUCAACAGAUGUAGUCACUUUUUUAGUCUUCGUCUUAGUCAUCUGUCCCAUUUCAGAGCUGCUGUUUUCUGACUUGUCCUUUAUCCCUGUGAAUGUUAGUGCUGUAGUCUGCGCAGACCAAAAUCCUUUUGUGUGUGUGUGUACACAUUUUUUAUACUUGCGGUUCAUUAUUUGAUUUGAUAUUUAUGGUGUUAUCUUUGCAGCUCAUUUGCAUGGCUUGAAGGGUUAACUUUUAGGGUUGUCUGUAUAUCAUUUAAUGGUCGAGUAGAUUAUAACAUACUGUACAUCACACAGGGAUCUGAGGCAAGUUAAACAUUUGUAGUCCUGUCUGUUCAACUUUUGCACUACAAAUAAAUGGGAUCUUAGAUAA